CCUCUGAUUGGCUGAUCCGACCGCCGCUUCCUGCUACGUACUGCACUUUGCAGCAGUGUUUGGUUUGGUUUAUUGAUGCUGAGGAGGCUCGUCAGACAUACACGCAACCGAUUUUUGUCGCUUUUUGUCCUUCUUUCGUGAGCAGAAACCCAAACACCCAGCCGAUCAGAGAUGGCACAGAGCUCCGAGCCUGCUAGCGUCAGCUCCGCGAUGAACGGAGAGCCGAGGAAGGAGAGGAAAGUUGCCGUUAUAACCGGCAUCACCGGACAGGAUGGUUCCUACCUGGCUGAGUUCCUGCUCGCUAAAGGCUAUGAGGUUCACGGGAUUCUGCGUCGUUCCAGCUCCUUCAACACGGGUCGCAUUGAGCACCUUUACCAGAACCCUCAGACACACACUGAAGGCAACAUGAAGCUGCAUUACGGUGAUCUUACUGACAGCACGUGUCUGGUGAAGAUCAUCAACCAGGUGAAGCCGACAGAGAUCUACAACCUGGGCGCCCAGAGCCACGUCAAGAUCUCGUUCGAGUUGGCUGAGUACACUGCUAACGUGGACGGAGUUGGCACGCUUCGUCUCUUGGACGCCAUAAAGACAUGUGGUCUGACCAACAGCGUGAAAUUCUACCAGGCCUCCACCAGCGAGCUGUACGGCAAAGUCCAGGAGAUUCCUCAGAAGGAAACAACGCCCUUCUACCCUCGCUCACCUUACGGUGCUGCGAAGCUCUACGCCUACUGGAUCGUGGUGAACUUUCGAGAGGCCUACAACAUGUUCGCUACCAACGGGAUCCUGUUUAAUCACGAGAGCCCGAGGAGAGGUUCAAACUUUGUGACUCGUAAGAUCAGCCGGUCUGUGGCAAAGAUUCACAUAGGCCAACUGGAGAACUUCAGCCUGGGCAACCUGGACUCCAAGAGGGACUGGGGCCACGCCAAGGACUACGUGGAGGCCAUGUGGCUGAUGCUGCAAGAGGAGGAGCCAGAGGAUUUCGUCAUAGCGACGGGGGAGGUGCACAGCGUGAGGGAGUUUGUGGAGGAGGCCUUCAAACACAUCGGGAAGACCAUUGUGUGGGAAGGGAAGGAUGAGAAGGAGGUUGGGCGGUGCCAGGAGAGCGGGGUGAUUCAUGUGAAAGUUGACGCAAAGUACUUCCGUCCUACUGAAGUGGACUACCUACAAGGCGACAGCACCAAAGCUUAUCAGAAGUUGGGUUGGAAGCCAAGGGUGACUUUUGAGGAGCUGGUGAAGGAGAUGGUGGAUGCAGACAUCGAGUUGAUGAAGAAGAACCCAAACGCCUGAGUCCAGCUGGAUCCGUCCACUCAGAGCAGCAGCAUUUACACACUCCUUUCUAACUACUGAGAGCUUCAGUGGAGGGAACAUGUUGUAUUUUUAUGACUUUUACAAAAAAAAAUGAAGUGAUUGUGUCCUUUCUCUGCUUCUAUAAUGAGGUUACAGGGAACCUUUACCUGCCUUUGUGUUUUGUUUAUUUCUAGCAUCAUAACAUUUUAAUUUUCAUUUUAUACUCCAGUCUGCCUUUUUUUAUUUUCAAUCUGAUCAUGUUAUAAUUUAUAUGGAUGAAAUUGCAUGGAUUAUUUAUGGUUUUGUUUCUUUUAAUUGCAGCUGCACGGAUUUUAAUGCCUAUACAGUGACACUCUGUCCUGCAGAGGAUGACAGUGCAGAAUAUGUAUAUUUAAAAAAAAGGAGGGAUAUUUUAUCUUGUAAUUGAAACUAAAAAUGAGCGGGUAUCAUCGAACAAAUGAACCAUUUAGUAAAAUAAAGACCAAGCUUUUUA